UAUAGCAGACGAGUUGAUUCAGUGAUCAAUGAUGUUUAAUCAAUUUUUCAUUUGUUAACUCUUAUUGAUUAAUUAAAAAAGUUAUUUAUAUAUUUACAAAAAUGGCUUCUCUGCCUAAACCUAUUAUUUGGGCAAGCACUGCAGCUUCUUUCACUGGAGUUAUUUACUUGAUUAAAGACUGGUGUCAAGGAACUAAGUAUGAAGGAAAUGAAAAGUUAGAAGGUAAAAUAGUCAUUGUUACUGGGGCUAAUACAGGUAUUGGGAAAGAAGUAGCACAUGAUUUAGCCAGAAGAGAUGCUAGAGUUGUUAUGGCAUGUCGAGACAUGUUUAAAUGUGAAAAUGCUCGAACAGAGAUAGUAUUUGAUACUAAAAAUAAGUAUGUUUACUGUAGAAAAUGUGAUUUGUCUUCUCAACAGAGUAUCAGAGAGUUUGUAGAACUAUUUAAAAAAGAAUUCUCAAAACUACAUAUACUUAUAAAUAAUGCUGGUGUUAUGAGAACUCCAAAGAGUUACACAAAAGAAGGAAUUGAAUUGCAAUUGGGUGUAAACCACAUGGGUCAUUUUCUAUUGACCAAUUUAUUGUUAGAUACCCUUAUAGCUUCUGCACCUUCUAGAAUUGUGAAUGUUUCUAGUUUAGCUCACAAAAGAGGAGUAAUUAACACGUUUGAUUUAAAUAGCGAAGAAAAAUAUGACGAAGGAAAGGCUUAUGCACAGAGUAAAUUGGCCAAUGUAAUGUUUACCAUAGAAUUGGCAAAAAAAUUGAAAGGAACUGGAGUUACUGCAAAUGCUGUUCACCCAGGUGUUGUAUCUACAGAGAUUGCUAGACACUUAAAACACUUCAAUGGCAUCCUGGGUACUAUUUUUAUGAAACCUAUAAUUUGGCCAUUUGUCAAAACUCCAAAAAAUGGAGCUCAAACAGUUUUAUACGCUGCCUUAAGUCCUGAAUUAAAAGAUGUAUCUGGAUAUUACUUCAGUGAAUGCAAAUAUGACGAUAUGAAUCCUCUUGCACAUAAACCACAAUUAACAGAGUGGUUGUGGAGAACAAGUGAAAAAUGGACACAUUUAAACGAAAAUAGCUAACUGUUAUAAUAUGAAUUGUAGACUAUUGUUUGUAUAAUAAAAAUUUGUUAAUACUCAGUUAACUUAUGCUUAGAAAUUCAAAAGAAAAAUUGGAAUAAUUUGUUUAUGGUUUAAAAAGAUCGAGAUAUUUAUGCACAUGACUAGCUGAAUACUCAAGGAGAACAUUUGAUUUACGUGUAAGUUUUCACGGGUCAUUGUUCUUUAAAAUGACUAGUGAGGGAGAUCAUUACUCAAAGCUAUUUUUAAUAAUAUUGUGAUUUCGUACACAAAAAAUUAGAUCGGAAUUGGUGUCAUUUUGCCAGAUUUUUAAAUUAAUAAGUUAGACAUUUUCAUAAAAUUAUUUUAUGUUUUCCAUUUAAAGAAAAACGUUUUAUAUUAUUUAUAUUUUUGAGUUUUGUCUUUCAGUUUACUUGAAAACGUAGCAUAAAUAAAUGAUUGCAUUCCUUGGUUAGGAUUUUAUGUUUAAUAGUAACAACGUCCAUAAUUGCAUGAAUAUGGAAACGUAGAAUUAAAUCACAACUUACUUAUAGAAUGUUAUACCUCUAACUAAAACAGAGUAUGAUAUUGAUAGUAAAUUUGCUAUAUAAUAAAAUUUUCAUGACCGUUUAAUUCCUUAUAAUAAAAGAUAUACUCUGAAAUACAAAAUUUUACCUUGCAAUAAUUUACUAAUAUGACGAGCCAUAGUAAUAAGUGCAAGUUUGCUAAGUUUUUUAGAUGAAUAAUUUGUUCUAAAUUCAUAUCAUACGAAUGAAAAUCGCUUUGUUCAUAUGUUUGAACAGGUAUAUUAAUUAUUCUUUUCUGUUCCUACGUAUUUCAAGUUAUGUAAUAAUAAAUUAUGUAAUAAUAAAACAAAUAACAGCUCAAUUAUAAAGAUAUAAUAAAUUCUUAAUAAAUUUUAAUAAUACAA